CGGGCCGGGCCGGGGCCAACGGCGGCGGCGGCGGGGCCGGGCGCGGGCAGGCCGCGGGAGCCGCCGCCGCUCCCUCAGCGCCUCGCCAUGGACUCAGACGAGGGGUACAACUACGAGUUCGACGAGGACGAGGAGUGUAGUGAGGACAGCGGCGCGGAGGAGGACGAGGAGGACGAGGAGGAGGACGAGCCCGACGAUAACCUGGACCUGGGCGAGGUGGAGCUGGUGGAGCCCGGGCUGCGCGUCGGCGGGGAGCGCGACGGGCUGUUGGGCGGCGAGACGGGCGGGCUGGGCCCCGGCGGCGGCGGCGGCGGUGGCGGCCUGGGCGGCGGGCCGGGCCCCGGCGGCGGCCCCGAGCAGGAGGAGGAUUAUCGCUACGAGGUGCUGACGGCCGAGCAGAUCCUGCAGCACAUGGUGGAGUGCAUCCGCGAGGUCAACGAGGUCAUCCAGAAUCCAGCGACUAUUACUCGAAUACUGCUUAGCCAUUUCAACUGGGAUAAGGAGAAGCUGAUGGAGAGGUACUUUGAUGGCAACUUGGAGAAGCUCUUUGCAGAGUGUCAUGUAAUUAAUCCAAGUAAAAAAUCUCGGACACGCCAGAUGAACACGAGGUCAUCAGCCCAGGAUAUGUCCUGUCAGAUCUGCUACCUGAACUACCCAAACUCGUACUUUACUGGCCUAGAGUGUGGACACAAGUUCUGUAUGCAGUGCUGGAGUGAAUAUUUAACUACCAAAAUAAUGGAGGAAGGCAUGGGACAGACCAUUUCAUGCCCUGCCCAUGGCUGUGAUAUCUUAGUGGAUGACAAUACAGUUAUGCGUCUGAUCACAGAUUCCAAGGUUAAAUUAAAGUACCAGCAUCUAAUAACCAAUAGUUUUGUAGAGUGUAAUCGACUGUUAAAGUGGUGUCCUGCCCCCGACUGCCACCACGUCGUCAAAGUCCAAUAUCCUGACGCCAAACCCGUGCGCUGCAAAUGUGGGCGUCAGUUCUGCUUUAACUGCGGUGAAAACUGGCAUGAUCCUGUUAAAUGCAAGUGGUUAAAGAAAUGGAUUAAGAAGUGUGAUGAUGACAGUGAAACUUCUAAUUGGAUUGCAGCCAACACAAAGCAGGAAAACAGGGCAGUCAUGCUCGUCGAGGCAGGUCUUGUGCCUGCACAGCUGUUGGCUUCAGGGACUGAGAGUCAGAGCCCAAAGUCUGCGUUGAAUUUCUUCAUUUUGAAGAACGUAGAAAGGAAUCAGGAAUGCCCGAAAUGCCACGUCACCAUCGAGAAGGACGGGGGCUGCAACCACAUGGUCUGUCGGAACCAGAACUGCAAGGCGGAGUUCUGCUGGGUGUGUCUGGGCCCCUGGGAGCCCCACGGAUCUGCCUGGUACAACUGUAAUCGCUACAAUGAGGAUGAUGCAAAGGCAGCAAGGGAUGCACAGGAGGAAUUAACACAGCGAUCCCGAGCAGCCCUGCAGAGGUACCUGUUCUACUGCAACCGCUACAUGAACCACAUGCAGAGCCUGCGCUUCGAGCACAAGCUCUACGCUCAGGUGAAGCAGAAGAUGGAGGAGAUGCAGCAGCACAACAUGUCGUGGAUCGAGGUGCAGUUCCUGAAGAAAGCGGUCGACGUCCUCUGCCAGUGUCGUGCCACACUCAUGUACACUUACGUCUUUGCCUUCUACCUCAAAAAGAAUAAUCAGUCCAUUAUCUUUGAGAAUAACCAAGCAGACUUAGAGAAUGCUACAGAGGUGCUUUCUGGGUACCUGGAGCGAGAUAUAUCCCAAGAUUCGCUGCAAGACAUAAAGCAGAAAGUACAGGAUAAGUACAGAUACUGCGAGAGCCGACGGAGGGUUUUGUUGCAGCACGUGCAUGAAGGCUACGAGAAGGACCUGUGGGAGUACAUCGAGGACUGAGCCCGGCCCUGCAGGAACGAACUCUGAACCCUUUCCCAUCUUAGAGUGCUCAUGCAAUUCCAAUAAAACCCACCCAGGGCGCUGCUCCGCCUCUUACACCGCUGGUCUGUAGUACCGGGAUUCUGUUUUGUUAACAGAAAAAUUAAGUAAAUUAUAUUGUAAUAAAAAAAAAAAAAAGGUAGAUAAACCAUUGUACAACAGUAUUCUAGGCGGCCAAGAGUGUGACAGACGCACUAAAAACCCUCCAACUUUAACUUGUAACGUAGCUUCAUCCUCCAAGCCGACUCCUUUUUCUUUUCUCUCUUUCUUUUCCUGUGUGUAGUACAGAUGAAAUUUAAACCAGUUUCUUGACACUGCUUUUCAUGUCCAAACCAGCCAUUUUGAUGGACUUUGGUAAGGGGGGGGUGGCUCUCCCGCCCCCCUCCUCCUCUCUGCCACCCAAGUACACGGAUGAAUGUGGAUUAUUGGCUCGUCGUAAAGCGGAUUUUUGGGAAGGGGAGGAGGGGGGUACACAGCAAGGAAAAAAAAAAAAACCAACCUUUGUAUAUGAAUUUUAAAACAAAAAGAGGACAACACAGUAUUUUUCAAAGUUGUAUAUAGCGCAUAUGCAUGGACAAAGAGCAAGCGUGGCACGUGUUUGCAUAAUGUUUAAUUACAAAAAAAUAUUUAUUCUUUAAAAAUCUUCAAGAUUAUGUCUAUUUGCUGUGCAUUUUCUUUCAGUUUGAUUCUUUUGUUUGGUUUUGUUCUUUUUUUUUUUUUUUUUUUUUUCCCUGGGCUGGGGUGGGGGAAGCGUGUGCUGGUGUAGUGAAUAUAUCUAUAUAUAUAUUUUAUUUUUUUUUUUUUUUUGGAAGGCUUUUACCAGAGCAGUUGGGUUUCUCCUCUUAUCCUGCAGUUCCUUUCUGUCCAGGGCCUCCCCCGGGCCCGUGUGUGUAUCCAUUGCUGGCGACGGACGCGGCCCCUCGCAGCUCCUGGAGCUCUGGGUCAGGAUGCUUUGCCUUUUUUCUUGUUUUAUUUUCGGCCCCGGAUCUUUUCCUGCCCAAAUCCAACUCUCCAUUCCCACCCGUGCACGCAGGACACGUGCUCUGAACCCAGAGGAGGGGUGUGUGUGUGUGUUUAGAGGUUUAUUUUGGAUCCCGAGGCAGGACAAGGAGGGGUGUUUGGCACCACUUCUCCAAAGACUUCUGGCGAGAUUUCGGCUGUGGAUCUCCUCUCCCUCCCCCUUUCAUCUGUCAAAUGGACCCUUCCUUGCUGUUUUAAUUUUCACUUACAUUAUAACGAGUCGUAACAUUGAAAAGGAAACCUGAUGGAAUUGUCUUUGUGUUUGUUUUGGGCUCACUCACUGGGCAUCCUGUCCUGGCAACUAUUUAACACUCCAGCUAGUGCAGUAGAAGCUGAAAUCAGCGGAGUAUUUUUCAAUUAAAAGGGGAAAGAACUAAUGAGUUUAGCUACUGAGUCCAUUUUUAUGAUUUCUGUAACAAGAGCUAUGUUAAAGUAAA